AUGUCAGGUUGGUGGAAAAUUGCAAAACUAGGACAAGGGUCUUACGCCUCUGUUUUUCAGGCCUGUAAUGAAUCUUUAAGUUGUGUAGCCGUGAAAUCUGUUGAUUAUAAUGAUCAUCAUGGCUACGCUUCACUCGAGAAAGAAGGUCAGAUAUUAGCCCAGUUGAACGGUACUCCAAACGUCGUUCAAUAUUUCGGCGAAGAUUUCAGCAUCGAAAAUGGUCGUGGGGUCUACAGUCUCCUGCUUGAAUACUCCCCUGUUGGGAGUUUUUAUGAUCUGAUGAAGAACACUUAUAGUCAAGGCCAAAGAUUCCCGGAAACCCACAUUGCUUGUUACGCGAGCAUGUUGCUAACCGGACUCGCCGGGAUUCAUUCUAAAGGAAUCGUUCAUUGCGAUCUUAAACCGGCCAACAUUCUGGUGUUUCCAGCCGUCUACGGCGGAGGACUCACCAGCCAGUUGAAACUGGCGGAUUUCGGAGUUGCCAGGAGGGUAUCAGAGAAGGAACCACUCUUGGUUUAUGAUUCAGAAGGAAGAAUGAAUUACACCAGGACAAGUCUACCGUACGCAUCGCCGGAAUCUUUGAGGUCCGGUCGGCAUAACACUUGUACGGACAUUUGGUCUCUUGGCUGCAUAGUAGCUGACCUGAUCACUGGAAAACGCGUAUGGAAAUACAAGGAUGAUGCCGAAUUGAUUGAUCAGAUAUUACACGGUACCAUUGACUUACCAGGGAGUUUUUCGAAUAAAGACCGCGUUGAUUUCUUAAGAAGGUGUUUGGCGAGAAACCUGAAGGAGAGAUGGUCUGCUCAGGAGUUGCUGAACCACGACUUCAUCGUCAAGAAUUUGAAGAUCAUGGCUGAAGUUCACGGUGUCGAUUUGAACGGAAAACAGAACCAAAAUCCGUCUCAGAAAAAUCCUUUCCAAAGAGUUUCUAACAUGCAUCUUUUCACCGAACCGGAGGAGCCUCAACCUCAACAACAGCAGAAAAAUCCUUUUGAAAGAUUUCCAGCUAGGCCUGAUCAGUUUUCUUGUGAAGCAUUAGUGAACAAUCGCCUUGGAGUAUAA